AUGGCCAUUGCCAUGGGCUGGCAGAAACCCGACAAUGUCGCGGGCUCGUCGGCGCCGGCCAUCAUGGUCGGUCUCUUCGUUGCCUCUGGCGGGUUACUGUUCGGCUACGAUACUGGAGCCAUCAACGGUAUCCUUGCCAUGACAGAGUUCAAGGAACAGUUCGGAAAACACACAAAUUGCGUCGAUGAAAACGGCGCCGUCGACAUUUGCACAAAAGACUCAUCCAUCAUUGUCGCUAUUCUAAGUGCUGGCACUGCCUUUGGUGCUCUACUCGCCGCACCUACCGGCGACUCACUAGGUCGUCGCAAGACUCUACUUCUGGCCGUCGCCAUCUUCUGCGUCGGUGCCAUCUUUCAAGUUGCUGCUAACAAUAUUGACUUGUUGCUGGUCGGAAGAUUCUUUGCUGGUGUAGGUGUUGGCCUUAUCUCUGUUCUCGUUCCAUUAUAUCAGUCCGAAAUGGCGCCCAAAUGGAUAAGAGGUACUCUUGUCUGCGCCUACCAGUUAUCAAUAACCUUUGGCCUUCUUGCUGCCUCCAUUGUCAACAUUCUCGCCUCCAAACUCAACAACUCAUCUGCAUACCGCAUUCCUCUUGGCCUUCAAAUCGUCCCAGCCAUUAUUCUUACCGGAGGUCUAUUACUGUUACCAGAAACACCUCGCUUUCUUGUUAAGAAGGGCUUGCAUGAAGCCGCCGGCCUAUCACUUAGUCGGCUACGACGACUCGACAUCACCCAUCCGGCACUCGUUGAUGAAUUGCAAGAGAUGAUUGCCAACCAUCAAUACGAACUAACAUUAGGUCCGGACAGCUACAAACAACUUUUUAUCGGCUCACCACAUCUUGGUCGACGAAUGUUUACUGGAUGCGGACUCCAAAUGCUUCAACAACUUACCGGUAUCAACUUUAUAAUGUAUUACAGCACAUCGUUCUUUGACGGCGCCGGCGUUGAAAGCCCUUACACCAAGUCACUUAUCAUCAACAUUAUCAACGUUGUAUCGACAAUACCAGGUCUAUUGGUCAUCGAGAAAUGGGGCCGACGAAGACUUUUGAUGAUUGGAGCCCUUGGUAUGGCUGGUUGCCAACUUCUCAUGGCAUCAUUCGAUACUGCGACAGGACAAAGCUAUGAGAAGGCGUCACAAACCAUCCUCAUCGCCUUUUGUGCCAUCAACAUUUUCUUUUUCGCUGCAUCUUGGGGUCCCGUGGUCUGGGUCGUCACUUCUGAAAUUUACCCUCUAAAAGUCCGAGCAAAGGCCAUGUCCGUUUCAACAGCAUCAAACUGGCUUCUCAACUUUGCCAUUGCUUACUGCGCCCCUUACUUGGUCGGCACAGGACCGGGCAACGCCUCCUUUGGUCCAAAAAUCUUCUUUAUCUGGGGCGCCUUUUGCAUUCUGGCCGUUUUCUUUGUGUGGUGCAUGGUGUAUGAGACGAGCAAGAUCAGCCUGGAACAGAUCGACGAAAUGUACGAACGUGUGAACCAUGCAUGGAACAGUAAAUCAUUCGAACCGAGCUGGAGUUUCCAGCAGAUGCUCAACGAUGGAUGGUCGCCAAGCGCUCAACCUCCAGCUGAUCACGAGCUUCAAACGACAACAAGCGCAUCAAGCGCAGAUACAACCUUGGGUGACGGCGAUGCGUCUUCCAUAACCGUUAGCCAGAGCAACAACAACAGUUCAUCGCCUAAUAACAACAAUGACCAGAACAAAGGUCCACCGGCCAUGUCAAUGGCCAAUGUUGACUUCAGCUACUAG